GGCCCACAGUAGGAAACAUUUUCUCCCAAUUUCUUUUUGCGCAGCUUCCACGUCCUAGCUGGGACCAGCACUCGGGCCCAGUUCAGAGGAUCCCCCGUAGCAUUCCCAUCCUCAUCCUAGGACCCCCGAACGCCUACUGUCGCCCUCCCUCCUCUACCCCAGGCCUGCGACAUGGGCCGCUCCUACGGAGGCCGAGUGCUGGCCGCGAUGACCCUACUGGGCAUCCCCGCAGCGGUGCUGGUCGCGUUGUCUGCGCAGCUGUUGUUCCAGCUCCAGGCAGGACGCGCCGAGCUGCGGGGUGUGCGCACCGACGGGCUGCACCCGGAGCUGGACCCCGACGCCGGGCUACCCGAAGCUGCGGCUGGGGCAUUGCUGCCGCUGGCGACUGCGCUGGCCGCGCUGGCUCAGAUCCUCGGGCUUUGCUGUUUGCUGCUCGCUGCGCUCUGCGGACACCUGGGCGCCGAGCUGGCGCGCGGGCCGGGGCCGGCCAGGUCGGACUGGUUCAUGUAUGACUGCCGCCUCCUCAGGCACUCGGCGCUCGGCCUGUUCUGCUGUGGGGUCUCCGUCUACUUAGCAGCAAUGGCCAUUUACACGCUGCUGCUGUUUGAGAUCGAGGCGGGCGCGGCAGCGGCGUCCAUCCUGGGCUCAGGCGCCCUGGUCCUGGUGGCGAUAAUGACCCACACCCUGUUCCGGGCUGUUCGGGCCACUCGCCGUGGCCUCCACGAGCUGUCUCCACCAUCCUUUGACGAUGAGCCAGCCCGGCAUUCAGAAGACUCCAAAACUGGCCGCAGAGUUCCGCCCCAGCAGGGUACCCACUGCCAGACCCUCUACGCCCCCUCCCGGGAGCCUGGGGAGCCUCCUGGGCUCAGGGUCACUGGUACCUCAUCCACCGUCUUGGGAAGAGCCAGCGAGGGCAGCCUGCCUGUCUCUCACCCGCCCCAGACACUAUUGGCUGGCACCAGCCACUGGGCCGUGGUUGCUCAUGAGAUACAUAGCAUGCUGAACCACAAGCCAUUGGAAAUGAGAAAGGAAGCCACACUGGUGUGA